AUUAUCCCAUUCCCACAUUUGAAUUCCACGGAGUUUGCUGAUAGAGGGGAGAUAAUGUUUUGACACUAGGGGACGUCACAUGACUUGAUGGGAUGAUCAUGUAAGAUGGCGUCGCCUUUGGAAAACUUGGAGACUCAGCUCGAACUUUUUAUUGAAAACGUCCGGCAAAUACGUAUCAUAGUAAGCGAUUUUCAACCGCAAGGACAGAAUGUGUUGAACCAGAAAAUACAAGGUCUUGUCAACGGGUUACAAGAAGUUGAUAAACUGAAAUCUCAAGUCCAAGAUGUCCAUGUUCCAUUAGAAGUCUUCGACUAUAUCGACCAAGGACGAAAUCCUCAACUUUACACCAAAGACUGCAUCGAGAAGGCAUUAACAAAGAAUGAACAAGUAAAAGGAAAAAUCGACGCCUAUCGAAAAUUCAAAGCCAAUAUGCUGGUUGAACUUAAUCGUGUUUUUCCAAAUGAAUUGGCAAAGUAUAGGGCAAUUCGUGGAGACGAAUAAGCCCUCGGAAUAUGUACCUACGAUUUUAUGAUAUUAAGAUCCUGUGUUAAUUUAUCUGUAAUUAUCAAACAUUUUUUAAUAAACACCAUUAAGUUAAAUUUUUAAAGUAAA